UGCGUGCAUGUACUGCCGCGGGUGUUUCCCUUUCUUCGCUCCGUUUUGAUUCCGGUCCUGGGAAGCGCUGAUUUCUAGUCUCUUUUUUUGGCUGCGGAUAUCCCGCGCUGGGCUCUCGCUCGCUCCGCACAUGUUCCUAGGGCGCCAUCUCUUUGCAAAACCCUCCGUCCCCCUGCAGGUCUCCCAGAGGCUGCUCCGGAGCGUGUGAACAUUGCAGGCUCCAGCCCAAUCCAACCUGCACAGCCAAGCAUGCUUCCCAGCCUCUGAGCUUCCCCGGGCUACUGCUCCUCUUAGACCUCUCUGGCUUUCCAGCUUCACAACACACUUUUGCUUGAGUUCACUUUCCUUUGACACAGUGUGGACCCAACUCUGCGGAAGCGACGGACGUAAACCUGAUUUUUUUCAGAGGUUUUAAGACCCGGAGGAUACAAUGUUCACUAAACUCUUCCAGCAGUGGAGUUUCGCAGUGUUUCUGCUGAGCUAUUCCGUGCCCUCUUACGGGAGAUCAGUGGAGGGGAUCAGCCGCAGACUCAAAAGGGCUGUAUCAGAGCACCAGCUGUUGCAUGACAAAGGCAAGUCGAUCCAAGACUUACGAAGAAGAAUCUUCCUUCAAAAUCUAAUUGAAGGGGUCAACACUGCAGAAAUCCGUGCGACUUCGGAGGUUUCACCUAACCCUAAGCCCGCUACCAACACAAAGAACUAUCCCGUCCGGUUUGGCAGUGAUGAUGAGGGCAGAUACCUAACUCAGGAGACAAACAAAUCACAGACCUACAAGGAGCAGCCCCUGAAGGUAUCAGGAAAGAAAAAAAAAGCAAAGCCUGGAAAACGUAAGGAACAAGAGAAGAAAAAGAGGCGAGCCCGUUCGGCUUGGAUAAAUCCUGGCAUGUAUGGAAGUGGUAUGACAGAGAGCCCGCUCUUGGACACUUCUGCUACUACACAUGAUCACACUUUAAGGAGGCGCUGACAUUUUCAGCAAGAGAUCUUUGGAAGACAUAUUGCAGUAUUCUGUAAUAGUGAACAUAUGGGAAGUAUUAAAAUAUUUAUUACCUGUAAAUAUUGUAAAUGCUAAGAAUAAAACCUUUUCCCCCAUUUCUCUCUGAAACUGCACAUUUGUUGUGAAUUUUCCUUUUUUUUUUUUUUUUUUUUUUUUUUUUUGGCUAAGGUUAAGACAAUUAUUAUUGUCACAUUUACCAUAAUUUAUUUUGUUGACUGGUGUAUUUAUUUUGUGAAAGUAUCUUGGUGCUGCUGACUUUCUAUAUUUUUUGUAACAUAAUGCACUUUAGAUAUACAUAUCAAGUACAUUGAUAACUGACAUAAAAUGUUCCUGUUUUGUGGUUGACUUCAAUGAAUGCCUACAUACAAUUGUUCAAACUGAUUUUCCUUUGUGCAUGUAAAAUAGCAGUAUUUUAAAAUUUGUAAAGAAUGUCUAAUAAAAUAUAAUCUAAUUAAAUCAUGA